GAGUCGUUCGACUCCAAAGUGGCUACAUAACCUUACGAUCAUAAUAAUAACAAAAGCGUCGCGACUGAGUUUUGUUAUCAAAUAUCGUAUAUAGUUCUGGAGUGAUCUCAAGAAACGCGCAAUUUUGUUGUGAUGUGGGGAACGUGAUUUCACUCAAAAUUUGACAAGGAUGGGCGAUAUAAGGGCCGGCCUCGAGGAAUUAAAACUCGAUGGUGCCCUGUUCGCCGAUGUUAAAUACUACGUCAGUGGCGAAGGUGAUCCCAAGAUUUUAAACUUACUACAAGAAAGUGGUGCAGAAAGAUCGAAUUAUUUUAGUGAUUUUGUAACACAUUUAAUAGCAGGCUAUGAUGCAUUGGAAAAUGACAUAUCUGCUGCAAAGGAUAUUUAUGAAAUACCAGCAGUUACACAAAACUGGAUUUUAUAUUCUGUUAAAUGUAACAAACUUCUACCGCCACAUUAUUUUUCACCCGAAGAUACACAAUUAUUUUCGAAUGUGCGAGCAUGUGUGUCUCAGGUAAGCCGUGCGGAUAGCAAAAGUCUAUGGGCAAUGAUCACAUUGCAAGGUGGUAAAUGUCAAUUACGUUUAGACCAGUACUGUACUCACUUAAUUACUGGAAAAGCUAAUGGUCUUAAAUAUGAGACUGCUAUGAGACAUCCCAUACAAAUUGUAACUCCAGAUUGGAUAACAGAAUGUUGUAGAAAAGGAACUAUUGUAAGUGAAGUGGAAUUCCACCCUAGACUUUUAAUAUAUCCAAAUAGUUCCACAGCUAUGAUUACUGGUUUUAUGGAUGAAGAUACGGAUAAUAAUAUUACGCAAGAAGAACAAGACAGAACUAAAGCUAUGUUGGAACAACUUAAGCAACGUAUGCCUUGGAAUCAACCAAGUCCACCAGUAGCUUCCAGUGCAUCGCAUAACAUCAAUGCCAAUAAUGUAACCGUGGCAACAAUUCCUUACUCGACAAAUGGACAGAAUACUGUUAAUGCGCAGCAACCACAUCUUUCGCGUCCAAUGUCCACUACAAGUUUAUCUAAUGCUUCCACAAUCGUGUCUUCUGUAUCUGAUCAAAACAUUACUCAAACUGCCUGGUUACCUCAAUCGUCUCAGCAAAAUAAUGUUGCUCAAAUGAAGGCUGUGCCACAAAUACAACAACCGGAAGUAUCUCCACAACAGCAGCAGCAGCAACAACAACAAAUGAAUAUGCAACAUACGAUACUACAACAGCAACAAAUAAACCAGCAACAACAAAUGUCACAACAACUAACACAACAUCAACAAUUACAACAACAAACUUACACUCAACAACAGCUUUUAAAUCAACAACAGUCUCCCCAAUUAACACCACAAUCACAAUUAAUAGGAGCACAACAACCAUUAAUGCCACAACAACAACAACAACAACAAAUAAAUUCACAAAUACCUCAACAUCAAUUAUCAUCUUCUCAGCAGUUGCUAAGCCAACAACAAAAACAAUUGAAUCAACAGCAAAUACUUUCACAACAACACUUAUCACAGCAACAGCAAAUUGCACCUCAACAACAACUGGUCCAACAACAGCAAGUGCAAUUAACAUCACAACAGCAAAUAGUUCUUCAACAACAACAGCAACAGCAAAUUCCUACACAACCACAACAAAUUGGAGCACAUCAAUUGAAUCAGCAACAAGCGCCGCCACAGCAACUUACCUCUGAACAGCGACAAAUAAUAUUAUUACAACAACAGCAACAGCAACAACAACAGAAAAUUCAACAAAUUUCUCAACAGCUGCAACAAUCAGCGCCUCAAAGUUCACAACAAUUUGUUAUAAGAGAUGGCCAAUUGCAACAGCAACCACAGAAUCAACAAUUACUGGGACCAAAUCAGCAAAGUUUUAUUGUACAAAGAGAUUCACAGUGGCAGCAACAGCAGUAUCAUUUACAGUUGCAAAGACAGCAACAGCAACAAAUUGGUCCUCAAAGACCAAGUGGACAGUGGGCUCAACAACCACCGCAACCACCAAGACAGCUGAUUCAAUUGGAUGCUCAAACACACCAACAGUUACAGCAAAUGGACCCACAACAAAGAGCUCAGUUUAUACAAAAGAUACAGAAACAGAAGAACCUAAUACUACAAAGACAAAUGCAAAACCGACAAGCUCAACAGGGAGCCCACAUUGCUGUUAUUAGAAGUCCAGGAAAGCCAGUACAACCAGGCAGUUUACAAUGGGUUCAACAACCGCGACCGCAAAUGAUAGGGCCACAAAUAGCACAGACACCUGGCCAGAAACCAGUGCAUCCCGGUGUUCAACCACCAGCUUUAACUCCAAUCAAUUCUUCCAAUCAAGUGAUCGUACAAACUGGACAAACCGUACAAGGUCCACAAGCUGGACAACCUGGCCAGACAUUUCAACAGGGCCAACCUCUAACUCCGCAGCAUAUAGCGCAAUUACAUAUGCAGAAGCAACAAAUGGCAAGAUUACAACAAUUACAACACCUGCAGCAACAACAGCAACAGCAGCAGCAACAACAACAACAGCAGCAGCAGCAGCAGCAGCAACAACAGCAGCAGCAGCAGCAGCAGCAGCAACAACAGCAACAACAACAGCAACAGAGUGCACAGCAGGAGCCACCCCUCACAUCUUUAUCGAAUAAUGUUCAAAUAUCACCAGACCAACAAUUAGUUGUCAAUGCAAAGACAAAAACUGCUUUGGCAAACAUGUUGACCAAUAGAUUACAAGGUAGUGCAACCGAAGGCAGUGCUGCUGGUCAGCUAAGAUUAAUGACCGCCCAACACAGACCACCACCACCCCCAUCUCAAGACCCACAACUUCUUGCUGCUUAUCAACGAAGGACAAUUGGAAAUAUUACAAAUGGUGCACCACCCGGGGCUCCAAUAAAGAUGCAGUACGCCCCAGUGAUGCCACAGGCAAAAGCUCAAUUCUACGGACACAAUCCAAACCUAAAACUGCCACCAGAUCUAUUUUUGCUAGGCUGUAUCUUUGUUAUCGUUGAGUACGACGUGCAACGUCCGAACGAUGUUUCCAUAUGGAAGCAAGUGAUCGAGAGACACGGGGGUGAGGUCGAGCCGCAGUAUUGCACCCGAGCCACCCACGUGCUCGCAAUCACGCAGAAACAUCCGACCGUGGUGCAGGCGCUGCGCGAGGGGAAACGUUGCGUCAGUGCACACUGGCUGUCCGAUGUUGUCAGUAAACAACAGGUGCUACCCCCGUGGCACGCGCUACAUUUCCCGACGCCGUUCAGCCUGACGGAGCUACCGUGCGCGAAACAAAUUGUAUCGUUGUCCGGAUUCGAAGGGGAGGAGCGCGCCAAAGUGAAGUACAUGCUGGAAGCGUUGGGAUCGAAAGUUACCAAUUACUUCACCAGACACAACACUCUUCUUGUUUGCAGAAGACCCGAUGGUCAAAAGUAUAAAAAGGCGCGGGAAUGGCAGACUGGAGUAGUGAAUGCUCAGUGGUUGACGGACUUGCUAUGCGGGCAAAUGAACGCUCUCCACCAAAUCGAAAACCCUAAAUACCAACAAUAUAGUCCCAGCAAUCCAUUUAGAUUGGAUUAUUCGCUAGUGCCUCAUUUAAUGGUUGCAUGGAAGAUGCCGAUAAACAUUACCCAAGAGUCUUAUGAUAAAGUAAAGCAGGUUGGCCAAGGUCCAAACUCGAUAAGGAAAUAUAAAAAGCCACGGCUGGACGGACCAUUGUUGAACAAAGAUCCGCAUUUGCUGGGCCUGGACGAGCAGAUAGUUGUCAGUAAUCCUGAUCCUCCUUCUCCGGAUAAGCAACCGAGAAUAUUAUUCUCUGGUAUCAAUCCUAGGAAACAUGCGAAGAGAAUUCGGGAAUUAGGUGGUGCAAUGGCUGCCAGUUGGCGAGACGCUACACAUCUCGUGAUGUUAGCACCGAUAAGAACUGUAAAAUUUUUGUGUUGUCUAUCGCGUUGUAAAUAUAUUGUCACGUUACAGUGGUUACUCGAUUGUUCCGCGAGGAACACAUUCUUAGAUGAAAGUGGGUACAUACUCGGCGAUCCGGAAUUCGAGAAGAAUUUUAAUUUUAAUAUUGAAAAGGCUUUGUCAAGUCCCAACCGUGGAACAGUACUUAAGGGUAAAAUAUUUUAUGUCACACCAAGUGUUGUACCAUCGCCGCCGGCGAUCGCAGAAAUUAUUGAAAGUGCGGGUGGAACAAUGGAAAAGACACGGAGAUCCGUCACGCAGAUCCAAGAAAUGAAUAGUACUAAAUUAACUUAUAUCAUUGUUAGUCAUGAAAACGACCUCCAUCUACUUUCCGACGUUUUACGUGCAAAUAUCAGUGUGUUCAGUGCAGAAAUCGUGUUAGGGGCAGUUGCUCGACAAUACUUCCAAGCAGAACAAGUAUGAAUACUGGACAGUACACGAUAUACUGCAUUUUAAUCCCAGAUGUGGGCUUACUAAACUCUUUUAGUAAGCCAUUUUAGAGAUGAAAAAAUUUUUGCUUACCUUCUUCAAUGGGACAAUAAAGAACAUAAUUUUAUGAUACAGGAGGAACUACUUUCACUGAUACAUUCCAAACCUCUCCUUUUACGUUUCUUUUGGAAAAUGCAUACUUUGCAGCAUCUUCGAACAAAAUGUCAUAGCAUUGAUCAUAACACAAUGGCGCAUGUGUAAUAUAUAGUGUGCGAGUUUUUUGUAAAUGCUACAAUCUUAUGUAUGGAAUGAAGGAAAAUUAUAUUCUUGCACAUACAGUGUUCACAAAACCAUUUCGCAGAAAUGAAUGAAACUUUUGUAUUGAUUUUACAUUACACAAAAUUAAUAUUUUUAUUAAGAGUUCAAAGAUUGUUUUCUUAUUAUUACCAAAUUUCACAUUGUAAUAUCGAAUAUAGAAUUCUUUUGAAUCCUGCAAAUCACUCUAUAUAAAAAGUUAAUAUUAUAAUGUUGUCGAUAAUAGCACUUACAGAAAAUGAAUUAUAUUUCAUAAUAUUUCCUCCUAUGGUUCAAACCAAAUGAAGUAUUGCAGAAGGAAUUUUCAUGUGGUUUGAAUUUCAUGCAAGGCAUUCUAGCCCAUACAACCAACUUAGACACACUGUAUGUUAUGUAGCACUAGUUACAAUUAGAACGCAUCUUUUUUUAUUGUAAUUUUGUAGUUGCUUACUGCACGAAAUUUGAUAUGCGUAUCAUUGGGUGCUUUUGUCGCAUAUAUAUUUUACCUACACAUAUCAUUCUAUAUAAUUUAUAUUGUUGUACACUUAUUUUCUUCAGUUUCUUCGCUUGCCUUUAUAGAUAUACAUAUAUAAGAAAUGAUUUAUGUGUAAGAGUGUAUAACAACAAAUAAAUAGAGAUAUGUAUCCCUAUGUUAUCUUACCGAUUACAAAGUGUUGUUACUUUCAGCUCUGCCAGCAAUUACAUUUUCCAACAAAAUUGUAUAAACAUAUUUCACCCACCCUCGACGUAAUGGACAAUAUUUGAUUGUACAAUAAAUCAAACGUAUAAAAAGUACAAACAUUUAUUAAGAUAAAAUGAUUUCAAAUGAUCAUAAGUUUGACAUGUGCAUUAUCAUUUUACAUUAUGAGUGCAAUACAUUUAUGGGAAAAAAAGAAAGAGAGAGAUGUUUGCGAAAAUAUUUCGAUUAUAUUAUUUAUAUACUAGACUUACUUUACAGCUUGUAAACAAUUAAAUUUAAGUCGAGAAUAUAUGUAAAAUUAAAAUAUGGAACAAUUAAAAUACUAUGUUUCUC